AGUUUACAAUCUCCAUGGUUACGAUGUGGCCCAGCUCUUGAAGUUUGACAACUGGCUACAGUAGCUAGCUACCUUGCACGAUAGCUUUCUAUCUAUCCUCUUACUAUUUAUUUUUUAGAUGAAGUGGUUUUAAACCGGUGCAAAAAUGAGUAUAUCAGUAACUCGAACAUUUAAUAAGCAAAAUGAAACCAACAAAGGUUUUACACAACAGCGGGUACACGACUAUCUAUAUGACCCCGUAUAUACUGUGUCCGGGGAAAUGGACCAUGCAAGGGCCAGCUUCAAGGCACAUGCAUCCGUGGACCGGGUGACCUCUCUCCAUGUCCCCCUGCUCAGAGGAAGGUUCCAGAGUAUGGGUCCAUGUUCAGUCACCUACCUCACCACCCUCGUUACGUCUUGCGUCUGGACACCACUGACCCUGUGCCCACUUUUAUUGACCGCCGCUGGCGAGGGUACACAGAGCAGCGCAGAGAGGCAGUUCAGCAGCUGGCAAGGGUCGUUCCUGGUGCUCUGUUUCAGGUCAGAGGGUGCAAAGACAGCAGUGUUUCAGGCAUUGAUCGUUGGAAGUUUUUCAAGUGCCCCCUGAUCCCCUUUGCACAGCAGGUUCCCCCCGAUGUGGUCUUUGCAUUGCCCAAAGCUAACCCAUACUCUACAGUGGAGGGGGAUAGUGAGCAGCUGCCCACUCCAUUCCAGCGCACCAUGGGAGUGCAGACUGACUACAGGGACAGUGAGGCCCAGACGGACCCCUACACCCCCGAAUACGUGGUACGGCCCGGGACGGCCCGCCCAGAGCUGUUGACACUGGCCACACUGACAUGGGGUCGUGGUCUUCCGGCGGGUCUGGCGGAGGUGGAGAUGAUUGAGCGAACCAGGGUGAAGCGGGCGUGGGAGGCCACCCUGCCCCCCAUGGACGACCUGAGUCAACUGGACAAGAGGAAGAGGAUGAUGGAUGAGAUGGAGAGGAAGGAGUGGGCCUUCAGGGAGGACGAGAUCCAGAAGCUGCAGGAGGCCCGCCUGGCCUUGCUGAUGGGUAUACUGAGGCAGAGGGAGGAGGUUCAGCAAGAGGCCACGGUGGACAGGCUGGACCUCAAGUACUCCCAGCACCAGAGAGACGAGAAGAGCAAGCUGAGCAAGAUACGCAAUGACUACAUCAUCUCAAUGAGGAAGCUGACAGCGAAAAGAAAAAAUGUGGAGGGAAAGCUAAAACGCCGUGACAUCAUCAAGGACUACUCCAACUACUCAUCUCAGACGUACGCCCCUCUGUCCCGCAUCGGCCUGUUUCCUGACCGCCACUCCCAACGCAACAUGGUCAAGAGCCGCUACCUUGAUACCUAUGAAGGUCUGCUGGAGCUGGAGGCGGGACUUCCGGUCUCAGUGACAGAGCCAUGUAUCAAAGCCCCUGUACCCAAAGUCAGCAAGGGCUUCGUCAAACGCUCUGCACGCAGAGAGAUGGAGCUCAUGAAGACACACCAGGCUCUGAAGGAGGAGAAGACUCGUGUGGAGGAGAAGAAGACCCUGCGCUUCCUCUUUAAGACAGAGAAAUCUGUUCCUCGACCACAGACCCCUGUGGUGGACGAGCCCCCUGAGGGGGACGAGGAGAGAGAGUUGGCUGUCAUCUACUUGCAGAAGCUGCUGAGGGGAAGAAGCAUUCAGAACCAGAUGUUUGAGGGGAAGGAGAAGCGUCUAGAGCUGAUCCAGGAGCUGAGAACCACUCAUGCCCUGCAGAGAGAGGAGCAGGAGCUCCAGAGAGCAGACACACAGCUCACGCUGGCUCUGCAGAGACAGAGAGAGCAACACACACACAAGGCAUCCUUGGUGGAGGGGUACCAGGCAGCUGUGGCAGGGGCGGAGCUUGUGGACAUGCUGGACUUCCUAUCGAAGGAGCUGAUUCGCCUACAGGAGGAACGCAGGAUCCAUGCGUUCACCUUAUUGGCCGAGAGAGACAGGCGCCUCCGAGAGGCCGAGGAGAGUGGGCGGAGACAGAUGGAAGAGAGGAGACGUAGAGAGGAGGAUGAGAUCUUCAAACAGGUGAUGAGGGUUCAUCAGGAGACAGUAGAUCUGUACCUGGAGGACAUCAUCCUGGGGACUCUGGACCAGACAGCAGACCAACAGGCCAGACAGGAGAUACGCAGAGUGGCAGAGGAGGUCAACAACAUCGCCUACGCCAUGGAGGAGACGUACGACACACACACACACACCAGGGUUUCCGUUAGCCGUCGGAGCAGCCUGCAGUCAGAGGAGAUCGUAGCAGAGCUGGUGUACAGCUUCCUGAUCCCUGAGGUACAGAAGAUCAACGUCAGAGACAGAGUGCGUCAGAGCCAGCGCAGGCACCUCCAGGCGGCUCACCAGAUCAUCCACGGGGGUGAAGAGAGCUCAGUGGCCCCUCCUCCUGGCUCCCCUGGGGCCCAGCGCCCCCCCUCGCCCUCGGACAGGGCCUCCAGCCAGCUCCUGGAGGAGAUGCUAACCCAUGUCGAGCAGAAGCUGGAGGGAGCAGGCAGGGGAGAGGAGGAGCGCAGGGAGGUGGGAGAGGCAGAGCAGAAAAGAACCAGCUGAGAAUAGAUUAAUUUCUCAACAGUAGAGAAAACACUUGGUGUUUCUUCAAGCAAUGCAUCUCCAAAGAGUUCAGUGUCAUGCUUUUGCUCAAAUAAGACUGAGAUUUUAUUGAAUUAUCAUUGUGUUUGUCUUGUUCUUACAUGCUGUGCUUGAUAAAGUGAGUUGCUAAGAAUUUUGAAAAA